UGAUGCAGUUGUGCAGAAGCGAGCACGGUAGCGAGUGCGUGUGAGUCUGCUGUGCUGUUUCGUUUCUUGACUGCUCGAUAUUUUGUGUUUUUGCGCGGAUUGAAAGAAGACCGAAUCCCCCGGAAAGCUGGAAAGCGGUAGAUGAGAGAGCGCCUCUCCUGGUUUUCGCAGUAUGCGAUGCAUUCAGACCGGCGCUCACAGGGGUGCGGAAUGUGUGAGGAGCCGCUGUCGCUGCUGUGAAGACACGGUUUCCCCUCGUUUGGCAGGAGUGGCGGAGCGAGAGGAAUUGUGCCUGAAACUCGCUUUCUCUCGGAUUUACUUCUUUGGAGGGUUGUUUUUGGAAAAGGAUACUAAAAGUGGACUUGUCUAAUUCUUCAUCAUCUUCGUCUUUUUAUUUUGGAAAUAUUUUCGGUGCUGUGGAGAGAGAGAGAGGAGGGGAGGGAGGAAGGAGGGAGAUGCCCCGGUAAUUCAGUGACAUACUGCGAGUGCAGCUCAAUAUUCGAGGAUUACUGCAGCACUGAUAUAAAACUGGACUGCGCGACUACCAUCCACCACCAUCCAAAACACACCACAACAAAAACACCACGGCGAUGACUUGACAGUUUAUAAGAUCCACGGCGAUGACUUGACAGUUUAUAAGAUCCACGAACAACCAGACGAGCGACAGUCGGACCGCUGGCUCGUUACAUUUCAUCUGCAGUGCCGCCCUGCUUACCAAAGGCUCCGUUGGAAAUGAUGUCAUGACCCACUCGCGGCAGAAGGAUUCUCUGAGCAGGUAUCGCAGUGAAUGCCUGGAGAAGGUGGGGGGCGGGACGCAUGGUGACAGGAUGAGCGGGACCUGGCCCGAAUGCUCACGUCGAGGAGGUGGGGCCAAGCAGGGUGUGUCCAAGCAGGGAGGUGGAGCCACGCAGGGCGUGUCCGAGAGGGGAGGGGAGGACAGAGAGCAGGCCGCAGACCCAGACAGGAAGUCUUACCCUCUACGGAGGAGGGCGGCCCUGCUGGAGUUCGACACGCGCAGCUGCCAUGUGGUGCUGACCAGGCUGGAGCAAGAGAACCUGCUGAGGAAGAGGAGCCUGGCAGCGGCGGGGAAACACUCCUCCGGGAGAGGAAAGAGGAGCAGGGGGAGGAGGAGGCAAGGCGAGGGGGGCCAGGAGAAGGACUGCUGCAGCAAGAAAAGGGGCAAAGACCCCAGCCUGCCACCCAAAGCACAGCUAGAGCCAGCCCUGGAGCCACGCAAGCGCAGAAUGGCCUCCCUCAACGCAGAGGCAGUCAACAGCCUGCUGCUGGAGCGCGAUGACGGCCCCAAGAAAAUCCAGCAGUUAAACAAGGACCCCCUUGUGCCGUCCGCAGACCGGCCGGCGAGCCGCCCAGGGCCCUGUGGCAGCGGCACAGCGAGGGGACCCCAGUCGCUGGAGAGCGGCCCCAAGUGGCGCGGCAGGAAGGUCAAGGUGAAGGAAGAACCCAAGGAGGUGGACUGGGGGGCUCCGGCUCCCAAGAGGCUUGCCGGCCUCAACGCAGCGGCCCUGCUGAAGCUCACUAGUGCCACUGCUGGGGCCAGACGGAGGCUGAAACCGGACAGCAAAGGAGAAGGAGGAGCAGCAGGGGGGGGCGGAGGGGGAGGCAAGCAGGGGCAGAAAUCUGAUCAACACAAACACAGGCAUCAUCGUCAUCAUCAUCAUCAUCACCAGCACCAGCUGCAGGUGUUGCAACAGGGGACCUGCCUUGGUUACAAGAAGGAGGCUGGCACCCUCAAAACAAAGUGGGAGGCAGGGAGGGGCGGCUUCCCCUUACCGGGGUCCCAGUGCCGGAGCCUCCCGGGGUACCCCCUGAAGUCUGUGAAAGAGGAGCCCAGGGAAUCUCAGCUGGACCCCUUCUUCUACUGCAGCCACCAGGACAAGGUGGAGUACUGCCACCGCCUGGCUCUCUUCCUGGGUCACCACAGCCAGGGCUUAGCCUCUCAGUGCGGGGGUCCGGGGGAGGGCGGCGGGGAGCAGGAGUUCCUCAUCCCCCCCCACUCGCUGGCUCACUCUGCCCUGGCCAUGGGCUCACACCCCUACCUGUGUGCCGAGCCCUGCUUCUCUGGGUAUUACCUCCACAUCGGCCACCAGGGUGUCUCCUCUCCCCCCCUCCUGUCUGGGACAGGGCCCUUUCACCCCUCCGCUGUCCGGAGUUCGAAGCUGCUGGUGUCCACUGCUACACCAGGGCCCCCCUCAGGUAUCCCCUUCCCUCACCCCGUAUUCUGCAGCGCACUGGAGUCCCCCUGCUUCGGGGAAGCCUGCCGGGUCAACGGAUUCACCUCCACCGCUUACGGAGCGAUGCACCCGCUCCCCAGCAGGGGGUGUGCUUUCAACACCUGCCACGGAGGCUGCGUGCACGCGCUCAAAGAAGAGCCCUACCCCAGCUCUCUGGAUGAGCACAGUCCUGCUAUCCCGGUCUCCCCAGCCCUGCCUCUGUCUGGCUGCCCAGUGCCCACAGUGCCCCCUGCUGCCCAGUGCGUGCCUCACAUCCCCUCGCCGCUCUUGGACCCCAGCCAGGCGCAGCUCAAGGUUGCUCGGGAGUGUCCUCAGAGUGCCAAGCCCCCCAGUGGCUCUCGAUCGGGGGUCCGCAGCACGGCCAGCUGCCCUCUCCUCACCCCGGCCCCUCCUUCCGCCGCCUCUGCGGGAAAACAGCAGCGAAUCACACGGCGCCGCGCAACCAACGGCUGGCUGCCUGUCGGAGUGCCAGUGGAGAAGGAGGUCUUCGUCGUGGGGGAGGAGGAGCCUGCUCUGAGGCGCUGUUUCGAGGGGGUGCAGCGGGACGGGGAUCUGAUCCGGGUUCGGGACACCGUGCUGCUGCGCUCCGGACCCCGAAAGAAAACCCUGCCCUAUGUGGCGAAGAUCUCUGCACUGUGGGAGGACCCCAAGACAGGUGAGGUGAUGAUGAGCCUGUUCUGGUACUACCGUCCAGAGCACACCCAAGGAGGCAGGAACUUGAGCAUGCACUGUGAGAACGAGAUCUUUGCGUCUCGCCAUCAGGAUGAAAACAGCGUGGCCUGUAUUGAAGACAAGUGCUACGUCCUGACAUUAGCACAGUACUGCAGAUUUUGUGCCUUGGUGAAGCGCCGUGGAGAGGGGCUGCCGGACAGUGCCCCAGUGGUGCCCCCUUCCCCUGACUGUGCCACCCCCCCACAUCGCCGCGUGCCCCCCAACAUCGACCCCAGCCUGGUGUUCCUCUGCCGGCACGUCUACGACUUCCGCUACGGACGCAUUCUCAAGAACCUGCAGUAGCAACCAGCGCCACACCAGCAAGACCAACUGGACUGAGAAACAAGCCUGUCCGGCUUGGGCAGACGAGAGGAGGAGGAGACGAACCAACAAACUGACCGACCGACCGACCGAUCAUUCACUCAAUCAGUAACACAACCGAAAAUUCAACUAAGGGCCGCCGAACCAUGAUAGCGCCGUCCACAAGCAGUACCGGUUUAGAGGUGCAGAGGGCAGCAGAGAGUGCCGUGCUUUGAGUUAACCCUCAGUGUCCUGUUUGAGCCAUCCAACACAGUGCACCUCUCACACAGGACUGGAGGCCUGGAGGAUUUCAUCAACACAGUGCACCUCUCACACAGGA